UCAUACUCCACGGGUGACUACGCAAAUACUCGCAGAAUAAUCGACAGCUCGUCUUGUCACCUGUGCUCACGUUCUCCGUAACAGUGUUCCCUGGAGUCUCUAUGGCUCUUUUCCAGAGCCUUGCAACCCCAGAAAUAAAAGCACAAUCAGCUGAAUCGCCAGGCUUUCCGAAAAGGUGUGGCUUCAGGACCGGAAGAAGCUCCUGUUGCCAAGGGAACACCGCGCGCCACAGCGCCUGCUCCGCAGCAACUGAUGCUUCGGCUGAGGCCGAAGCUGCCAGUUCCCCUAACUUGUAGAGGCGGCUCUGCGCUGGGCAAGGAAUCUUUCCUAUGGAGGCGUAGAGAAGAAGGCUGAGGCACCACUUUCCAAUCCCACUGGCGGGAAAGACUGAGUGCAUACAUUCCGGUUCCUUACCUACUCUUGGGCCCUCCGUACUGUCCUCGAAGUUCAGAUUAGCAGAUAUUGAAAAAUUUAAUGAUACCCAGUGUUGGUAAGAAAACAGAAGAAUUGAAAUCCUCACCUGCUGUUGCUGUUUUGUAAAUAUUUGAAUCACAUUAUGGGAUUGUUAGACAGACUUUCAGGCUUGCUUGGUCUGAGGAAGAAGGAGGUUCAUGUUUUGUGCCUUGGGCUAGAUAACAGUGGCAAAACAACGAUCAUUAACAAACUGAAGCCUUCCAAUGCUCAGUCUCAAGAUAUAGUUCCAACUAUUGGAUUCAGCAUAGAGAAGUUCAAGUCAUCCAGUUUGUCUUUUACAGUGUUUGAUAUGUCAGGUCAAGGAAGAUACAGAAAUCUAUGGGAACACUAUUAUAAAGAAGGACAAGCCAUUAUUUUUGUCAUUGAUAGUAGUGAUAAAUUAAGAAUGGUUGUGGCUAAAGAAGAACUUGAUACUCUUCUGAAUCAUCCAGAUAUUAAACAUCGUCGAAUUCCAAUUUUAUUCUUUGCAAAUAAAAUGGAUCUUAGAGAUGCAGUGACAUCUGUAAAAGUGUCUCAGUUGCUGUGCUUAGAGAACAUCAAAGAUAAACCAUGGCAUAUUUGUGCUAGCGAUGCCAUAAAAGGAGAAGGAUUACAAGAAGGAGUAGACUGGCUUCAAGAUCAGAUCCAAGGUGCGAAGACAUGAAAAGAUAGCUUCUGGAAAUCUCAGCAGUUUUGAAUUCAAUGAAUAUGUCAAAGGCAGAAUGAAUAAAUUUGUUAAAAUGUGUAUAUGUAUCCAAGAAUAUGACAUUCUGCUUGCAUUUAUGGAUUCUAAAUGAGUUUUUUAAGAACAGAGUUCAUCAGGUAUACUAAUUUAGCCACUAAUUAGAUCAAAACUAAAUCUUCCCAAAAGGACUCCCUAGAUUUAACAACUUCUUGGUAAAGGUUUAUAUUUGGUUGUAAUUACAAUAUUUUUAAAGUAUCAUAAGCCAUCUCAAUUUCCCAUUAUAAUUUAUACUGUGUUUAAUGUAAUUUUGUAGUUGUUUUACAAAUUUAGAUGAUGGUACUACUUUUUGGCAUGAAUUGUGCUUGUGAAGAAAACUAUAAAUAUUUAUAAAUGACCUUAGGUGAUUAAUAUAUAUUAAAAUUUUACCAUGUGUCACUAUAAAUAAAAAAAUAAAGUGUACCAAUUAGUGUGCUUUGUUUAUACUGAAAAGAAUAAUGCUGUUAAUGCUGUUUGGUAUCUUACUGUUCAGCAUUUAUACAUGGUCUGAGACUAAGUUAAACUGAAUUUAUUCAUUGUACAUUGAACAUGCCUAUAUCUACUGUAAAUUAUGCAUAGUCAUAGGCACUAGUGAUGCACGAUAGAUAUUCCUUAUCUUCACAGAGCUUAAAAUAUAAUGAGGGAGAAUUGGAGAACCUUUUCAUACACGUUACAUAAUUCUAUUGACUAAAAGAAAAUAUUGCAUCUUCAAAAAUGAAUUAAUGUUUGACUUUAAUAAGUAUUAUAACUGACUUCUUAUUUUUUCCUUUAAAAUGCCUUUGUAUUAGCUUCCUGUUACUGUACAAAAAAAAAUAGUACCUGAGAUAAUCACCUUAUAAAAAUGUUUAUUUUGCCUCACAGUUUUGGAGUUUUCAGUCUGUGGUCAGCCCAUUGCUCUUAGGCUAUUAUGAGAUAGGAGCAUGUUGUGUAGGAAGCUCCUCACUUCAUGGUAGCUGAGAAGCAAGAGAAGAAGAAAAAGGACUAGGGUCACAAUGUCCCCUUUACUAGCACAGCCAAAAUGAUCUACUGUCCUCCCACGAGAAACUACCUCCUAAGGGUUUUAUCUGGUCUUAAUUGCUUUUUUUGUGGCUGGGACAAAAUAUCUGACACUCCCAACUCAAGGAAGGGGGGAUCAUUUUGGCUCACAGUUUGAAGAAGUUUCAGUCCACAGCCUCUGCUGGCUCCAAGGCAGGGUGAUGCUGGCAUUCAGAAUCAAGAAAUCUCUUUAGAAUGGAUGAUUCAAGAUACAGAAGUAUUAUAGUUAUUAGAAAUAUAGAAGUAUCUAGAGAAAUAAAUGACAUAAUUGAAACAGUGGGAGCAUGGUAAUGGAAAGGUAAGAGACAGGAAUUACUCUUUCUUUGGUUUGUUUUCAGGUUGUUAACUCUGGGUGUAAAUGAUUGUUAAAAAUAACUCUUAAAGCUGUUUUGAUACUAAGUUAAUUAGUAUCUCACCUAUGCAGAUAUUUAGAAGAAAGAGUAGACUGACUUCUCCCUGUUUCCAUGACCUCCAAAAUCUAGUUUAUAGUUUAUAAAUAACUAUCUCUAUAAUUUUCAUGUAAAGGAGCAAAUUGAGGAGCAAUUUAAUAGUAGGAUGCCAUGUAAGUGUAUCAAAAUUGAGAUUAUAAUUUCAUUUGUAUUUGGCAUACUAUAUAAUUUAAAUGUCUCAAAAGUGAAGCAGGUAUUUUGUUUAGACUGCACUCUGUUAUAAAGUUUAAUUCAUUAACCUAUACAUUUGAAUAUAGCUCUUAUAGUAUGCUCAACUCUUACUUAUUUUGCAUUUGAAUAUUUGUGUAUGGCCCUAUUCAGCCUAUGCUGUAUAAAGCACAAAAGAACUGAGUUUUUGUUCUUCAUUUAUGGCCUAUCUGCAAAAAUUAUAUUUGUCUCCUAAUUAAGAUUUUUUAUAUUUGAGAAUUUUGGCCCACUAGUAUUGUAUUCCAUGAAUAUAUGCUAUUAUUUUUGAGAACAGUUGUCUUAAUUAAGGCUGCUGUACCAAAGUACCGUAGACUGAGUGGUUUAUAAAAGAAAUUUAUCUAUAGUUCUGGAGGCUUUAAGUCUGAAAUCAGGGUGCCAGCAUCUUCAGGUUCUGGUGUAAACUGUCUUCCUAGAAGAGGUCCAUCUUCUCAUUUUGUCCUUGUGGAGUAGAAAAAAGGAUGAGAGAAUUCUCUGGGUCCCUGUUUUAGAGGCAUUCAUCCUAUCAUACCCUCACAUGACUUCACUCAUAACCUGAUUACCUCCCAAAGACCCUACUCCUCUAUUGCAUAGGGGUUAAAAUUUUAACUUGUUAAUUUUGAUAUUUGGCUAAUUAAAAGUUAUCCAGAGUAAUCCAGUAUCAGCUAUUUCGGCAGCCAUUGCAGUCCAUUGUAAUACUUAAGGCUAAUUCUUCUUGCUUAUAAUUCUGGUACAUGAAAAUAAUGAUCUUGUUUUAACUGUCAUUGUUCAUACCAUCUGAAUAAAUGAUUAUUAUCUCUUAUUUCUUAAUUUAAAAAUAAA